CCGCUGUUUCCACGACUUGGACUUGUCGCCGGAUCGUUAGCCCCUCUACUCUUCUUCCUCUUAACCCUCCUCCUCCUCCUACACUCUGAUCAUCGACUUUUCUGAGAUCGAGUAUAUAGUUUCUCACCACCCACUCACCGGGCAAGCCUCUUCUCACCUCCCACCACUUGCAACCUCUUAUCGACUCUCCCACCACUCGGUCUCGGUACUGGACCCUGCAACGCCGGAGCCGCACUGCAACGCGUAUCGCUCCCUCAACGGUUUCCCCUUCUCUCUUUUUUCGUCUUCCUUGUUCCGCUGGCGUAAACGUCGGUGCUCCUCUCAUCUCAUACAUCAACAUCACACUACCGGCAGUGACCAUCGACCUACCGUCUUAAACGGUCCGCCUCGACCAUGGACGACCUCGCAUCCUUCUCGAGGAACGACAUGGUCUCCCAGCACGAUCCUUACCAGAUCAACAGCCAAUUCCCCCAGCUCCCAACUUACACACAGUUCUCUGCGCCAUUCCCACCUCAACACCCAGGUGCGCCUGCUCCCUCUGCGCCUUUGCUUGCUCGCUCAGCCGGCCCAGGAAACCAGAAUGGCCUCCCGCCACCAGCUCCUACGAGACGCAAGUCCUCAGACGCCAGCCGGCCUGUGCGAAAGCGCAUCACCAGAGCCUGCGACCAGUGCAACCAGCUCCGAACAAAGUGCGAUGGCCAGCAACCUUGCACACAUUGCACCGAACUAGCUAUCGAGUGCCAGUACAACCGAGAGCAAAAGAAGCGAGGCAAAGCCUCCCGCAAAGAGCUUGCGGAAAGGGCCGCCGUCAAGGACAGCACUGAAGCGAACCUCUCGCGACAGCAGUCGUCCACUAGUGCCACCUCUGACAGCCUUUUGGUUGCCGGCGCUGGAGCCGCGCCAGCCAAGAAGAAGUCUAAGAAGCCCGAGACUGCACCCAACCGCCUGAUUCGACAAAACUCGUCAUUUGCCGCCGCCAACGCUCGUCACGGUUCCGCAUCGAUCGAAAACAUGGCAGGCAUGGUCAACACAGAGCCCAGAUCGUUCUACCCCGACCAGAUGCCGCCCGGCGCCAUGUAUCCUCAAGACUUCCCCGGCAGCUACGAGAGCAACAUGCAGCCGGAUGAUGGUGGAGAAAACAGCGCCGACUACACGGGCAGUGAGCAUAGCUUCAGCCCGUAUGCUACGGAGCGCUUCCCCAACUACAGGCACGGGGCCGAAUCUCUCAACGGCCAGAUUGCCAUGAGCCAUGCCUCAAACUCCACCUUUCACGGCCUGACGGGCUUUGGUAAAGACGCCGUAUCUUUGGAAAGCUUCUCGGCGAGCUGGCAGAAUGCAAUGUCGAACCAGGGUGCUUUCUUCCCGACGUCCUUCCCCACCGCUACGUUUGGAGCGCAGACGGUUCUGAGAUACCCCGUUUUGGAACCUCUCAUCCCGCAUCUUGGGAACAUUGUCCCCAUUCCGCUCGCCUGUGAGUUGCUGGAUUUCUAUUUCAAGUCUUUAUCCACCACCCAUCAACACCCCAUGUCUCCCUUUAUCCUAGGCUACCUCUUCCGCCGGCAGUCCUUUUUUCACCCGACUAACCCGAGAAAGUGCCAGCCUGCGUUGCUUGCGAGCAUCCUGUGGGUUGCUGCACAAACUAGUGAUGCUAUCGCACUCACCAGCGUACCCUCUGCCCGAGCUGCGCUGUGCCGAAAGCUUUUGAAGCUUACACUCGACCUCUUGAAGCCUGUUACGCAGGACGUACCGUCGGCUGCAUACGUCCCGGUUGGUCAAGCGUUGGCCUCGGGUGGUAUGACUAUUGGUAUGGAUAUGGAUCUAGACGGUAUCGCCAACGGAGACGUUUCCAAGCCGUCCUUGUCCAUUGACGACGUUAUCGUACACAUCCAUCUUGCAACAGUUACGACUGCCAGUGAACAGAAAGCCGGUAGUCUUCGUUGGUGGAACAUGGCCUGGGCCCUAGCGCGCGAGCUAAAGCUGGGCCGCGAGGUCGCUCCAGACGGACUCGGAUCUUCCAUGACGCCUGAAGAGCGAGAAGAAAGGAGACGUGUCUGGUGGAUGCUCUAUAUCGCAGACAGACACCUCGCGCUGUGCUACAACAGCUCCCUCCGCUUCCUAGAUACUGAGUGCGCAGGGCUGAAGCUGCCCAUGGAUGACACCUUGUUCCAAGUAGGAGACUUUGAGUCUCGUUCACCUGAUGAGUCCGACCUGGAUGGUGAAAAUGAAGCAAGGAACUCUCAUGGCGGCCGAGGCAUCCAGCAGUUUCAGUGCCGGGGCCAUGGCAUCUUUGGCUAUUUCCUGCCUCUGAUGUUCAUCCUCGGUAAUAUCAUUACCUUGCAUCACCAAAAGAACCAUCCCACCUUUGGCGAAGACUUUUAUGAUGCCUCACACUGGAACGCGCAGACUGUCAAGAUUACGCAGUACUUGCAAAUCUUUGAAGAAAGCCUGCGUGUCUUCCACAGGAACCAGCGCAACAAGCACAAUAAGACCCCCAUAGAUCUGCAGCGAUCUGACAGCCGCUCAAGAUCGCGCUCGCGCACCGACCUCCACACUCGUAUUGUGUUGACAUACAGCACGUACAUUCUACACGUCCUCCAUAUUCUACUAGCAGGCAAAUGGGAUCCCGUUGAUCUCCUGGAUAACAGCGAGACUUGGAUCUCGUCACAGGCUUUCCUGUCUGCCAUGUCCCACGCCGUUUCUGCCGCAGAAGCAUUGAGAGAGAUUCUCAAGCUUGAUCCCAAUGUCGAGUUUAUGCCCUUCUUCUUUGGCAUGUAUCUCUUCCAAGGAUCCCUUCUCCUUUUCCUUAUUACCGAUAGACUAAAGGGUGAUGCGGAUGCAGAGGUGCUCAAGGCCUGUGAAACGAUUAUCCGGGCCCAUGACGCCUCUGUAGUGACGCUCAGCACGAAUUACCAGCGCAACUUUUGCAAAGUAAUGCGUAACACGCUUGCCAUGGCUCGAAACGACGGCGUUGAGCACGUCGUAGAGUCACAGACAAGACGACGAGAAAUACUCUCGUUGUACCGCUGGACCGGUGACGGAACCGGCUUGGCCCUGUGAGAUUGCAUUGGGAAAGGUGUUUCUGUUUUACUAUUGCUUUUGAUGAUACCAAUGUCUCUUCUUUUCUGUCAGCGCAUUUUGCAUUCUAGCUAUCCUGCUAUUUAUUAUUGCUAUCUUGGCUUUUCUUAUUAUAUGGGAGGAGGAGGAGGAGCACAGAGCACCUACCAACCAAAGCUGUCUCUACUAUAUAGCUCGGGUUUCUUACUAGCAGCUAGCAAGGAGUUGUGUUUUUUUGUAUUCUAUUAGGUUACUUUAGAUGAAAACAAUAACCCCCCAUCAGUACCUACC